ACCCAAUAAAUAAAUUUCGUAUUAAUGUUUUCGUAUUAUUGCCUCCUCUAGGCUCUAGUAGUCACUUCUAUCUUCGUUAUUUAGCAGUCUCAGCUUUCUUUAUAAAUAACCAAACCUCUCACCUUUUAUCCCCCUCUUUCUCAUAUCUACUUUUGCAAAGCCAACCUUAAAAAAAAGUAGUUGAAUGUUGAAGAUUAGGUGUUGAACAUAAUGUGCGGUGGCGCUAUUAUCUCCGACCUCAUCGCCGCCAAGCGCGGUCGCAAUCUCACCACUCACGAUCUCUGGUCCGAGCUCGAUGCCGACCUUCUUUCCUCUUUUCCUCCUAAAUCUAAAUCAUCGCCCCCUUCUCAACCAACGCUUACCCCUCAAAGAGAUCACUUUGUCAUGAAUUUGUUAGGUUCGCCGUUUGAUGGGGUGAAAACUCAUCAGGAAGAUGUCAACCGAGCAGAGCGAGUUGCAAACCCGAGUCAGACUCCGCGAACUCGGAAGAAUGUAUACCGAGGAAUAAGACGGCGCCCGUGGGGUAAAUGGGCGGCCGAGAUCCGAGACCCGCGUAAAGGCGUUCGGGUCUGGCUCGGCACUUUCAACUCCCCUGAAGAAGCUGCCCGUGCUUAUGAUGCCGCCGCGAAGAAGAUUCGCGGCGACAAGGCCAAGCUCAACUUCCCAGACACCCCACCACUACCACCGUCUCCAUUGCUGACGGCACCGUUGGAGGAGAUCUUCCUACCUGUUGCAAAGAGGCAGCGCAUAUCGGAUUUCACCGAGUCGUCAACCCUUAGCAAUGAGUCGACUCAGAUGCCAAUGAUGAGUAUGGGAUUCUACGGAGAUGGGGUGGACCAUCUUACUUCAGAAGAGGAUUUUGUGAAUGGGAUGAAUAAUAAUGACCUGAGUCAGCAAAUAUUAGACCUUGAAUCUUUGCUUGGGCUGGACCACGGGGUUGAACUCGCUGAGUCGGACUCAACGAGUUUGCCCUGGGUCAUGGACGAGUUCCCUAUGAUUAAUGGUUAUGAUUAAUACAACAAUAAAUUUGUGUUAUGAUUUAGAUGCCACUUUACUUUAAUUAAUGUCACGUAUAAACGUUAAUGUAAUGUUUUAAGACCUUUUAGUUUGAUAAUUUCUACUUUGUACAUAAAGUUAGUAGUAUCUUAGCUUGUGAUAAUUGCUUCUUUGCCCAAAUUAAACUAAUACUCCUUUGUUUGGAAUUAAUUAUCAUGUUAGUGCUCAAGAUUAUAUUAUUAACGGGAUCUUAUAACUGAA